GCGGGGACCCGGGAGGAAGCUACUGCCAGCCGCCGUCCGUAGAGGCGAGCUUACCCACGUCUGUGCCUGGUGGCGUUCGGCUGUUCACUGACACUUCUUUCCCUGGUGGCCCAGGAGAAUUUUACAUUUUGGCUUUUUUUGUUAUGGCUUUGGUUCACAAGUUGCUGAAUGGCGUCUAUAUUCUCAGAAAAUGUCAGAUGCCAAGUGCUGCGUCCUGCCUGUUCGUGGGUCCUCACUUUGCAGACUACUGUUCCAGUAGCCUUCAGAAACCUAUGGUUGCCCCUGGCAAAGCGGGCUCCCCUCAGAGGAAGACUGAAAGGGAUUUGCAAGGACAUCCCCAGAGAGAAGUUGAUUUGGACAUAAUUUCUCCCGAGGAGAAGCCUGAAGUUAGCUUUGAUAAAGCAAUUCAAGAUGAAAUAAAGGACCGUUUUAGGCGUUUGAAGGAGGAUUUUGUGAAUCACUGGAUAGGGCCUGAAGGCCGCCCUCUGCAUGAGGUCUUGCUGGAACAAGCAAAGGUUGUCUGGCAGUUUCGUGGAAAAGAAGAUCUGGAUAAGUGGAUAGUGACUUCUGAUAAGACGAUCGGAGGCAGAAGUGAAGUAUUCCUGAAAAUGGGCAAGAAUAACCAAAGUGCACUGUUGUAUGGAAAUCUGAGCUCUGAGGCCCCUCAGGAUGGGGAGAGUGGCCGCAGCGGGUACUGUGCAAUGAUAUCCAGGGUCCCAAGGGGCACAUUUGAGAGGAAGAAGUCCUAUGAUUGGUCUCAGUUCAACACUCUGUAUCUCCGUGUCCGUGGGGAUGGUCGACCUUGGAUGGUGAAUAUCAGGGAGGACACGGAUAUAAUCCAGAGGAAGAACCAGAUGUACAGUUACUUCAUGUUCACCCGUGGGGGGCCCUAUUGGCAGGAGGUCAAGAUUCCUUUCUCCAAGUUUUUCUUCUCUAAUCAAGGAAGAGUCCGAGAUGCCCAGUACCAGCUCCUGCUUGAUAAGAUCUCUUCUAUAGGAUUUACCCUGGCUGAUAAAGUUGAUGGUCCUUUCUUCCUGGAAAUAGACUUUAUUGGAGUGUUUGCUGAUCCAGCCCACACAGAAGAAUUUGCCUAUGAAAAUUCUCCAGAUCUUAACCCAAAACUCUUUAAAUAAAGAUCAUCUGGCAGUUUUGUGUUACUAAACUAAGGGUAGUAGCAUCCACAGUGACAGAUGAAAUAAAGUAUUCUUUAAUAGUAUCCAACCCAUGGCUGGUAUGAGUUCUCUAAGACAAGGCUAAAGG